AUGGAGAACUCGUUAUCGUUGAGUUAUUCCCUCGAGGAGAAGGAGGAGAAGAAGAUUGAACUAACUCUAAAUACUAUUGAGAAUAUUUUCAUUUUUACGUUUACAGUAAAAGCCUUGUAUACCACAGAACACGAGGAGGAAGAACAUCUGACAGUUUCAGACACUGAAAUUAAGAAACGAUCGAUAUUCACCGCCAAGUCUAUUCCAUCUGCUGCGCCACAAUUAUUGGGCGUUUGUAAUGUCGACCUAAUGCCUAUUAUACUAGGAGAAGGAUAUUUCUCCGAAAAGCUGAUACUAGAAACGCCCAACUUCUCUUACGAUGGAUCAUUGGUGUCCUGGCCGAACCUUCCGCUUCUAACGGUAACGAUAACCCAGGAUCACGAGCCGUUGGUGUCAUCGAACGAGGCGAUCAAUUUUCUGAAUAUCACUGUGGAAAGCAUAUACAAUCUCCCGGAAUCUUUCACGGAGAACUUGGAGUACAAAUCUGGUACUAUAACAUACAUCGAUUCGAAGGUUCCAGAGAAUGUGGUUUUCGAGCACGGUUCCUGGACGAGGUACCGCGACGUGGAGAGAACGAAACGAUGGAACACUUUGGGCAAUUUGGAGAAUCGCGGUAGAUUAUCCAAAUACAAGUUGGACUGCGACUUCAUGGGAAUCAAAAAUUUGUUUAAGAAACAAAUAAACUUGACGGAGAAGAUGUGCGAAAAUAUUCCACGGAUCGAAUGGAACGCUGUACACCGAUGUAUUCUGUGGGAAAGUGGAAUAGAAGCGAUGGCCGACCAUAUUAAAAGCUACAAAUAUUGGCCUUUUCAAUUCAUGCUGGUGGAGAAAACCUCUCCGGUGAAAUCGAAAACGGCCCCUGCGCCGAAAGUCCAGCUGUACCAGUGCUACGUUGACCUUUCGGAACUUCUUUUCCCAGGAAAGAGAAAUUGCAGAGUCGUCGGACAGUUGUAUACAUACAAUGCGACGGACAUAACCGAAAGGACUGGUAUUGAAAAUAAUAUAUUUCUUCUGGAAACGCGGGGCAAGGAAGCAAAAGAUAGAGAGAAGAAACAUAAAAGCUCGAAGCAUUCACAGUCCACACAUUCCGAGCCCGAGAUAUCAUCAAAUACAGCAUUGACAUCAGCCAAAAAGGAACCGACUAUCGUCGUGAUCGAAGUGGAACUCCACAAACCUUUCGUCGUCUGCAGAAUCAUACCAGACUUCUCGAAUUUGAUCGAAGACAUGAUUCCUAAAACGAAAAAGAAGUCACCGUAUGUGUACACCGGCGACCUAGCGGAGACACACUACAAGAAUUGCAUCCGUAAAUUGGUCGAGAUUAUCACAGAAAAUUAUCGAGAUGAGCUGACAUGCUUCACUCAAUACCUUUAUAAGACCGGGGUCUACUUAUCCAUACGUCAGACGCUGAGAUCGAAAGUCAGUAUGGUACUGGAUCAAAGGUUCAAAAUGCCACCAAAUCUGAUCGACACUCAUCAGACCCAGAAUUUCAUUGUAUCGGUGUUCUCGUAUCUGGUGGACCAAAUGAAUUUCGCGAUAAAUACAGUUGUCGAGGGCCGAUCUACAGACGAUCUGACACCAACCGUGAAUGAAGAAACUAUGUAUUUGCACGCCGAGGAAGCAUACGAGCUCGACGACCUCGAUAAAGCGAAGAAUUAUUACAAAACUGUAAUAACUGCGUCUAAGAGCAAUCCAGGACCAUGGACGAGAUACGCGAUUUUCCUUAAAAGAAUCGGCGAUAUUGAACGCGCGAAACAUUGCUGCUUGGAAGCGAUUUCGUUAGACCGGAAAUACGUAUUCGCAUUAUUAGUAUACGCGGCAAUACUUUUCGAAAAUGGUGACUACAAGGAAACGGAAGUCUUUUUAAGUGCCAUCACCGAUUUCUAUCCACGAUUCUUUGAAGGUUGGGCCAUUUUGCAUCUAUUUUAUAUGCGAACAGAUUAUUAUCCAGGAAUAGAUCUGACACUUCGUGUAGCAGAGAAAUGUAUAAAAGACAAGACACAACCGAUAAAGUUUCCCCAUGAAUCGUUUGAAUGGUACACAGCUCACUGCCCUGAUGAUAACUUGUACAUCAAGACUGCAAUAUUUUUAUUGAAAUUACAUCUCUGUGAGUUUGCAGGAAUUGCUUUGGCAGCAGAAUUGUCUGAAUCCAAUAGAUCAACACCUUUUCUAUAUUACAUGGCAGUGGACCAUUAUUUGUCUGGUAGAUACGAGGAUGCACUGUCUCAUUUGGACGAAGCGAAAUACAAUUAUGGAAUGGAUUAUUCGAUCGGCAGUCUAAUGGGUCAUUGCUAUUUCAAAAUGGGUGAUAUUGAGAAGGCUAUAGAAUGUUACGAAUUUACACGGAUGCUCUUCGAUCGACCAAUUGACUUACAUUUAGUGGAAAUUAGAUUAGGAUACCAUUAUUACAACACUGGAAACUACAAACGAGCAAAAAAAGUUUUUUUAAGUACGUGUAAGACAUCACCAACUUCGCAGACUUGGCUCGGAGCUGGCAUAAGUUGCUACGAACUUAACGAAUAUACAGAAGCAGAAACAACCUUGUCUGAAGCAAAUAGAAUUGAUAAUCAUAAUGCAGAUGCGUGGGGGUAUUUGUGUCUAUUGAAUAUGGCACUCAGAAGAUACGAUGAAUUUUGUCAAUGUUACAGGGAAAUGGUGAAAUAUCAGAAUAAUCUGAAAAAUAGAAAACUGUGGCUGAGAAUAACGAAUGCGAUGGAGGCUCUGGAUUACGCACCACCAAUUUUGGAAACGGAAAGUGAUUCUCUUAUGGAGGAUUACAGCGAAGAGGCGUCUGAGGAACAAUUUUAACCGCGGUAAUGGCACCUAGAUACAAACAAAAAAAAAAGGAAAACUGCAAGUCAGCAAAAACACAGAUUUGAAUGGCACUUAAUGAAUAAUUGAGACUUAUACUAUCGAAAGAAUAUUUCAAAAUGUUUGUGACACAAUUUGUUUAACAAUCUAACUUCGAAAGAAUUCGCCAACCCUGAUAAUAAUUACACAUAUACAUUCAUGUUCCAUUUUCCCUGUUUGAUCAUAUGGAAAGCCUUAAACAGAUCUAUAAAUUGGUUAUAUUGUUUUAUGUCGGUGCAGUUUUCGUGCAUCAGCCAAAUGUAACCUCCUGUUGCGCAUAAAAAAUAAAACAUAAACCAAGAAAUUAACAAAAAUAUUAAAUAAUUUUUUAAAAAAAGGAAUAAGCAAUAAAUAAUCUUUUAGUAGAAAGAUGUAAAUAAAUAUUUAUGUAUAAACUAUAAAGUAACGUAACAUUGCUCCUCAACUAAGGGUAAAUAAAUAUAGUGUGCUACUUCGAAUAUUAUAACAUUUAGAAUGUUAUACCGUUGUUUCUGGAUCAACGGUCCCCUAGAUAUUAUUGUAUCAAUUUUUCACUUCUUCGAGUGUUUUAAAAGAUACACACAUAUAUAAAUCUUUAAUACGGUGCUAAUAGCUACAGCCAAUUAUAAAAAUAUCAUUUGAGUGCGCCUUGAACGGAUGUCAGUACUCUUGUCUCGUCGAAUUUGAUAUAAAAUAUCAUAAAUACGAGUCGUGGCCAUGCCGUACUCUACUUGUAUGCAAAAGCACUAUAAUAAUUUACUUUUUAGUGGGCUAAUCCUUUGCAGUCUUUCAUACCCUUACGAACAAAAGAAAAAAUUGGUAAAUCUUUCAUAACAGUAUUGUUUCUUAAUAGAAUGUUACAUAAGUCAUAUGUAUUUGAACAAAAGAAUCUCACUGAGAAUAACAUUAAUGAUGAAAAUAACAAAUAAACACCGCAAAGGAUUAAUCAAACAAUAUCGGUAUGAC